AUGGUCUACUGUGGGAAGCCGAGCAAGGGUUGUCAUCGGUGUAGACGCAGGAAAAUCAGAUGCGAUCAAAGCGAGCCCUCUUGUGGUCAAUGCCUUCGCGCCAAUCACAUCUGUCCCGGCUACCGAGACCAGCUGGAUCUUUUAUUCCGAGAUGAGACCCCAAAAGUAACAAGGAAGGCUCGCACGACCUCGAAGCAUGCGGCUUUAGGCCGAUUUCAAAGCUCAGUGGCAGAUCAAUCGUCCGCCAUUGUGGAGAUUUCCCGGCCCGAACAAGUUCCGCCGAUACCCGCAAGGCCAUAUCAAAUGACGAACGGCACUGACCCAUUUUCAUCACGACCACUUUCUCUAGACCUAAAACAUCAGGCGCUCUGCUUCUUUGCAUCCAGCUAUGCACCUCCUCCUCGCAGUUUUGAGACAGAUUAUUUAGGCUAUACGCCUUUGGGACAAAAUGUAAUUGACAAUGAAACUCUCACCAUUUGCAUGACAGCAGUCGGUCUGGCCUCACUAUCCAACAUCACCAAAUCACGAUCAAUGCGGCUUGCCGCCCAGGAACAGUAUGUACAUGCUUUGGCAUUAAUACACGGCAGGCUACAGAACCAAGAGCAUGCGAGAUCAAUUGUAACCCUCGAUGCUGUUAUGCUCCUGGGGAUGUUUGAGGUGAUAGCAUGUCGUGGCGCACGAUCCCUGCACACUUGGAGAAAUCACAUGAGUGGAGCAAUUGCUUUACUCAAACUCCGCCUGGAAGAUCUACCGAAUUUUCGAGCAUUUAUCCAAGUCCGCGCCCAGAUUAUUUCCGGUUGCCUUUUAUCUGAGACUUAUUGCCCUCCUUUGGUUGGAAACCUAUUUGAAAAUGAUCGUCCCAGCAUACCCAGUGCCCAAAUUAUUACGGAGAAACUGACGGGUCUCUUGGCAAAGGUCGCCAAUUUGCGCGCUUCCAUAAAGGAAGGAGUAGUUUCCUCCCAGUUCGAGAUUCUUAGCAUGGCUUUGGGCUUAAGAGACCGUCUUCUUUCCUUUGCACAAUCGCUGGAGAAGGUUUAUCCAUUCCACAAGGCUGGGGAUCAAGACAGACAAUGUGCAUUUCUUUCUCCCGAGUUUGUUUAUGGAAUUCAUUUUGACGUAUACCCCGACUUUUAUGCCGCGAGCAUAUGGAAUGGCUACAGAGCCGGCCGCAUUACACUCAGUGCCGCAAUCUCAAAGUAUUUCUCACAGCUCAACAAGACUUCUUUGCACCACCCAGGCUGGGACGAAAUUAAAGCAAAGGUCGGAAAUGAUAUACGCGAAAUACAGCAACUCGCGAGGGAUAUUUGCGCCAGUGUCCCAUUCACAUUGGGGAUGAUACACUGGGAUUCAAAUACGGUUUCCGUUAAGUCUACUAGCACCAAUGCACUGGGUGGCUUUUACAUGCUGUGGCCACUAUACCUUGCGGCUGAGGCGACUGAUACAAUGCCCGAAAUUCAAGCUUGGGCUGCUCGUCAACUCGAAUAUAUCGGACAUUCUCUAGGGAUUAAUCAGGCGUUGUGGAUGGCAAGCAUAAUUAAAGAGAAAUCCGCUAUAGACGAGGUGUUGGCUUCCGAAUCUUUAGCGGAUUCGGACUUGUGA